UCUGUCUUUACUACCGUUCUGCAUGGACCCAGAACCCCCACCACCCGAACGGCACACGGGCUGGCGCCAACUGUUGGCCCGCAGUUUCAGUCGAGGAGGAUCUCUCAAGCUGUGGCUAGCCUGGUUGGUCAUCGUCAUCGUAUUGGGCAUCAUACUGGGCUUAUUUUGCCAUGGUGCAUUACUGUGGUUAUUAAUUGCGGUAUAUGCUUCUAUACUAGGCGUGGCGGUGCCGUGCUCUAUUUUGGCAUUCACUCGCUAUGAGUUGAUGUUGGAGUGGCACAAAGGACCUGAUCGUAACGAUGAGCUCAAGGAGUGGUUGUCUAAGAAAACUAAUCGAUAUGAAGUUACUAGCGACGAUUUAGAAGCUAACGCUCAGAGUAGUCAUGGUUGUUGUUCUAUCUGUCUGGCCGAGUACGACCCUGGAAACAAAAUUCUCGAAUUACCCUGUGGUCAUCGUUUUCAUGAAGAAUGUUUUCGAGAGUGCUUUAAAGUGGCGAGUGGGCCUAGUGCGAGGAAAUGCCCGAUGUGUCGUACACAAGUGGGGCCACGAGAUGAGGAGGAGGGCCCGAAGGAUCCAAGGAGGAAUGCACAGCUCAUGAGUAUUUGGUGACACUACCGUGUAUUUAGUGACACUAGUCUGUAUUUGGUGACACCACUGGGUAUUUGGUGACACCGUUGCGUAUUUGAGCAUAAACUAUUUGCACAUAAUCAUUUUCGCAAAUGAGCAAAAGUCCUCAUUACUUAUCUGGUGACACUAUUGCGUAUUUGG